AUGUAUGGUGCCCCGGUGUGGCACCGGGAGAUUGGCGUGGGCCGUGCGGCCGCUCCGUUGGCAGCGGUCCAGCGCCUUGUGGGAAGCCGAGUUGUGCGGGCGUAUCGUACCACGGCCUUGGAGUUUGUCCGUGUGCUUGCACGGAUACCACCUGUCGACCUGCUGGCGGAUGAGUACGUGGAAGUGUACGCCGCCAGACAGGCAGCCUUGGGACGUGCGCGCGAAACCGGCCGUGACCUAAAUCCGGAGGAAAUUCGGCAGACGCGGUUGACGGCGCGCAAGAGAACGAUGCUGCGGUGGCAGCGACGUCUGGAGGAUCCGCUCCUCCCAGGACAAAGGGUCCGGAAAGCGGUGGGCCUAGUUCUACAGGACUGGAUGGAGCGCCCUUACCUGUGUAUAACUUUCAGGUCUACACAGGUAGUCACAAGGCACGGUGUAUUCGGGGCCUUUCUGCACCGAAUUGGUAGGGUGCCUACUCCAGAGUGUGAGCACUGCGAAGUCGCGGUCGAUACUGCGGCUCACACUCUGGAGAAGUUCACCAAAUGA